UUUGUUACAUUGUUUCUUUCCGAUCUUUAAAAUCCUCAAAGGAUCAAAUCAUGAAUUACUUCAGCAGGCAACGAUGGUCACAAAAGCUUACAAGUAUAAUUUUGGCCGUUCGUCCGUGGUCUUUCUCGGCGUCCAUAACAAGUACUUUGCUUGGACUUUGCCUCGUGUGGAAAGAAAACAAAAGUAUCGACAUUAUCCAAGCGAUCUUUACCAUCGCGACAGUUUUAUUUAUUCACGGCGCUGGAAAUUUGGUGAACACUUACUAUGACUUUAUCAACGGUUUUGAUACAAAGGAUUCUGACGAUAAAACUCUGGUCGAUAAAUUGCUUUCACCAAAUGAUCUUGUCGCUUGUAUCACGGAGUUCUAUGUAAUGAGAAUCGUGUGCUUUAUUGCCAUUUAUCUCCGCUCAGGUGAAGACACUGUGCCUUUGAUUGCACUGUUUCUAUGCGGUGUGCUGAGUUCGUUUAUUUACACCGGAGGAAUCGGCUUAAAAUACAUGGCACUUGGUGAUAUCCUGAUCUUUCUUACGUUUGGUGCUCUGACUACGGUGUUCGCUUACCUAAUUCAAACCGGUGAAAUUUCAUUGGGAAUUAUUGCCUAUGCAUUACCCUUGGCACUGAACACAGAAGCCAUUCUACACGGGAACAACACACGUGAUCUGGAGAGUGAUAAAUCAUCAGGAGCUGUGACGUUGGCCAUUCUACUUGGCAAGCAGUAUGCUUGCGUUCUGUACUGCUUACUUCUGAUUGGUCCAUAUGUUGUACUGUGUAUCCUGGCCUUGAAUUCUUCUUGGACUCUACUAUUCCCUUUCGUAACAGCCCCACUGGCUGUUCAUUUCUCGUCUCUAUGUCUCCAUGGAGAUAUGAUCAUGAUUCCUCAAAAAACCGCUCAGCUCAAUCUCCUGUUUGGCUUACUUUACUUGACUGGGCUGAUUAUUUCAUAAUGAAUUGAACUGAAGAUAAUACAAUAUGUUGAGAUGUAACUUGUUGUGCGGUUGAACAUACUAAUUCCCUGAAGCUCACUUUCACAAAGCGCAAUUAAGAUUGCUGCUGAACUUGCCUUUACCCAGCUGAUUGCUUCGGACAUGCGCUUAAGUGCCCUCUUUGAACGUACAGUGACAACGAGGUUGUUUCAGCCGUAUUCUCGAAUCCACUCUACGAUCGUCUCGAGGACGGGGAAGAAACGUGGCAAUCGAGCCUGCUGAGCAAAUCUUACCGAGCCCGCCACAAUACAGUUCGUCACCUUUCAGUUAGCUUUAUUGGGAUUUUUUUUCUCGGGCUUUUGAUUAUGUAAAGGCUGAGACAUCUGUAAUGAGUUUCUUAUCUUGGUGUCAUGAUACAAUUUAUCAUACAAUGCAUCGUUGGUUGCCUUUCACAACAACAUAUAAUAGUAUAACAAUGUCAGGUGUCUGAGUCAGUGGAGUGACGGCAAUAGAACUGUGAUAUUCUUAACCAGAA